CGUGCAUAUUCCAACUUCCUGUGUGUUAAUGUCGGUCAUAUUUUAAUAGACGAAUUGAUCUGAGGCCCGUGUGCUAAACAUAUUUAGUCUAUAUAGAUCUAGAUCUAGCGUUCCUGAAUACACAAGACUACGAAUAUUAAUUAAAAGCUUGGUUGAAUCCCUUUUCCGAGAAACUAUUCGUUCUAUUUUAACUGAUAUAAACAUUAAUGCCAUCAGCAAUGUCAGAUGCACCAGGGCCAACAAAUCACAGACUUAAAUCUUAUAAAAAUAAAGCUUUAGAUUCCCAAGAAUUGCGAAGGCGUCGUGAAGAAGAAGGAAUUCAGCUUAGGAAACAAAAAAGGGAAGAACAGAUUUUUAAGCGAAGAAAUGUUGCAGUUCCAGAACAUGAAGAAAACAACUCAGCCUCUGAAUUGCAGGACUCUCUAAUAUCAUCUACUGGUGGCAUAAGCCCAGAAAUGGUACAGUCAUUAUAUAGUGAUGUGCUAGAAGAGCAAGAGGUGGCAACUCGCAAAUUUAGAAAACUUUUAUCUCGUGAACCUAAUCCACCAAUAGAUGAAGUUAUACAAACUGGAAUAAUACCAAGAUUUGUUGAAUUUUUACAGCGAGAUAAUAGUUGGUCAUUACAGUUUGAGGCUGCUUGGGCUUUAACAAACAUAGCAUCUGGAACUUCACUGCAGACACGAAUGGUUAUCAGUGCUGGAGCUGUGCCUAUAUUCAUUAGGCUGCUCAAUUCAGAAAUAGAAGAUGUUCAAGAACAAGCAGUGUGGGCACUUGGAAACAUUGCAGGCGAUAGUCCAGAAUGUCGAGAUUAUGUGCUAAAUGAAGGGAUUCUUGUUCCUUUGUUACAUCUUUUAAGUAAAUGUGCCAGUUUAUCCAUGACUAAAAAUGCAGUCUGGUGUCUAUCAAAUCUGUGCAGAGGAAAAAAUCCACCUCCAGAUUUUAGUAAAGUUUGUCCAGCAUUGCCAGUUUUAGCUCGCUUACUGUACCAUUCUGACAAAGAUGUUUUGGCAGAUGCUUGUUGGGCUCUUUCUUACUUGUCAGAUGGGCCAAAUGAAAAGAUACAAGCAGUCAUAGACUCUGGUGUAUGUAGAAGAUUAGUGGAAUUGCUGAUGCACAACCAUCAAAGUGUAGUGGCUGCUGCAUUACGAGUAGUGGGCAACAUUGUUACUGGAGAUGAUUGUCAAACUCAAGUUAUUAUAAACUGUUCAUCUUUACCUUGCUUGCUACAUUUACUGGCUAGUUCUAAAGAAUCUAUUCGUAAAGAAGCAUGCUGGACUAUUUCAAAUAUAACUGCUGGGAAUCGACAGCAAAUUCAGAAUGUGAUAGAUUGUAAUAUAUUUCCUGUUCUUAUUGACAUAUUGGGUAAAGCAGAAUUCAAAACAAGAAAAGAAGCUGCAUGGGCAAUAGCUAAUGCUACUUCUGGGGGAUCACCAGAACAAAUCAGGUUCUUGGUUGAGCAGAAUUGUAUUCCACCCCUCUGUGAUUUACUAACAGUGAUGGACAGCAAAAUUGUUCAAGUAGCUCUUAAUGGUCUAGAGAAUAUUCUUAGGCUUGGAGAAGCUGAUGCCAAACAAAGCAAUGGUGUAAAUCAAUACGCUGUUUUUAUUGAAGAAUGCUAUGGUCUAGACAAAAUUGAAUUUCUUCAAAGUCAUGAAAAUCGUGAAAUCUAUCAAAAAGCUUUUGACAUCAUUGAACGUUAUUUCGGCACUGAGGAAGAGGAUAAAGCUUUGGCUCCACAGCUAGACUCAACAUCUCAUCAAUAUCAAUUUAGUGGAGAUACAAGUGCUCCUAUGGGAGGUUUCCAGUUUUGAUGCUUAACUUGGCUUAGAUCACUAAAUCGUUUGCUGAGUAUCUCUGUAAAGUAUUUUUUUUCCUUGUGUUAAUAUCAUGUACAUAUUUAUACAUAGCUGUGUUCUCGCUAAGUGUUUUAGUAAAAUAAAGGUUUUAUAUUAAAAAAACAACAGAAAACACGCCAUACAUGUUUUAAUUUGAUAAGGUUGUAUAAUUUCAAAUCACACACGCACACGCUGUGGCCUACAAGUGUCUCUGGUGACAGAAAGUUGCUCAUUUAACUUUCAGCUUUGUAUAACAUUGUGUUUGAAGUACAUCUAGAAUUUGUCAUUUAGUUGCAUAAUUUUUGUUUUAGGAAAACGAUAUGAGUGUGUUUUUAGUAAAUAGAUAGUAAUCUAAUGUGUGUUAUUAUUUUGAUCAAAUGUGUUCAACUUGUCAGUGUUUCAUGCCUGGUCACAUUGUAUAUUUGCUCUAUUGACUAGGGUAGAAUUGUUUUACACAAAUUUUUAGUUUAACCAAUUAUUGUUUUAGUAAGUUUUUAUUAGUUUUUAUUUGAGCAUGUCACAGUUUCAGAGGUAGCCUUUUAUUUCACAUCUCUCUACUUCCACUACAGUAUUUCCAAAUACUCAGUCAAUAGUUCUCACUUAUUCAUUUAUAAAACUAUCCAUAAUCAUUAAAACAAAAGUCUUUAGAAGUCCAAUUUGAAAUUAUAUUGCAGCAAUGGCUUUAUGUAUGAAUGCUAGUUGUAGUAUGCUUGUGUCCUUUUUAGGAAGCUAGGGAACCUAUUUGUAGGCUGGUUGCUACUAGACUAUCUUAAUAAGAAAGCAGACAUUUCUUUACAUAAACUAAAUAGGUCAAAUUGAUUAUUGUAAUACAUAAAACAAAGAUUUUUUCAUUACCGUAAUUUUUUUUAUUUUUUAGCUAAAAUGGUGACUUAAAAAAACAAGACUGCUCUUCAAGAAAUGUUUGUUUGAUAGUUGACAUUGUGUUUGAAGUGCUGACUUUUUAUACCAAUGAAAUUCUUCAGCAUUUAUUGAUAUUAUAGAGUCUUUAGGUUAUGAUGGAUUUAUAUAGCAGCUGACUUUUUGAAAUGUGAUCCUAUAAACUGCUCAUUGAAAUUGAUAUAUAUAUAUAUAUAUAUAUAUAUAUAUAUAUAUAUAUAUAUAUAUAUAUAUAUAUAUAUAUAUAUAAUAGAAUCUUUCAGAAAAGAUAAAAAGCUCUUUGUUUCACUACAAAUGAGUGAAUUCAGUUUUUUCAGCCUGAAACACUCAGUGCUUCAUUUUGUAAACCAAUGUUCUUGUCACAUACUUUAAACUACAAAUAGUAUGUUUGACAAACUGUUACAAUUAUUGCUCAUAUUGGGCAAUCUAAUACGUCUUCAUAUGCUCCUUUUGGUGUAUCUCUGGAGAGGAUGUAAACUAGAACCUACAGUAAAUACCCUUACAUUUUGUGACCUCAAAGGUCAUGCUUUCAAGUAUCUAAGUGUAUACAUGUGUCUGGGUACCCUGUCAAAAUAGCGCUGACAAAAUAGCGCUGACAAAAUAGCGCAGAAAAAAAAAUAUUUUAGUCAUUUUGAAAGAAAUACUUUAGAUAUCGUAAAAUAUUGACAGAGCCAAUAAUUUUUAUUGUUUUAAAAUUAUCAUUAUUUUUCAGUCAUUUUGCAGGAAACACUUUAGAUAUCUUAAAACACAAAUAAGCAAAAAUCAUAAUAAGGUAAAAUGAGUAAGUUCAAAAUAUAGCAUUUAUUUACAUUAUAAAAGUGUACUUAGAAAACACACAAAGAUACUUGUCAAAUUUACGCACACAAACAAACUUUUACAAAGUUAAUUGUAGGAAAUGUCACGUCCAUCACUGGAUUGUUUCCGUUCAUUGGCAAUAUAGCUUCAAGUCGUCUGUUUAGUUGAAGGUACUUAGUCUUGCUUGCAGCGUUCAAUAUAGUUGUCCUCCCAAUCGUCAUACAAAUUCCUUAUGCCCUGUUUUGAUCAAAGAAAGAUGCUGCAGAUUUCUGAUUAUAGUAUAACACACUUUCCUAUCCUAUUUUGUUGGGUCACCACAUUUCAAAAUUAUGCUAUCAGAAAUCUUGGAGUCACUCUGCGGUUUCGUCUCUGGCGACCAAUAUAGUUGUCCUCUCUGAUUAUAGUUUAACACACUUUCGUAUUUCCUAUCCUAUUUUGUCGGGUCACCACAUUUCAAAAUCCUAUUUUUACAAGUUAUACUUUUUAAUCAGAGAUGAAAAAGGGGAAUGAUAUAAAAUUUAAAGUACUCUCGUUCUCUGCAAAUAUAGCAUAAUUUCAGAUGUAUUAAUAUAGAAAAAGAUAGGAGACAUCAACAAAAAUGAUGCCCAUGACAUUAAAUUACUAAUAAUCUGGUACUUUUAUACACAUCAUAUACAAGUCUGUGCUAUUUUGUCUUGCGCUAUAUUGUCGGGAAAUUUCACGCUAUUUUUUCCGCGCUAUUUUGACGGUUCACCAUGUGUCUGUGGUACUAUUGACUGAUUUAUUAGGUUCAAUUUCUUGUUGUAUUAGUCAAAUACUUUGUUCACAUUAUUCUCGUCAAGCCAUUCAAUGGUUUGAAUUGCAACAUACGCCCUGCCAUACUGUGAAGAAAAAAUAAAAAAGUGCCCUUAAAACAGAAGCUUUAAUAUUAUAUAGCAAAAUUUACAUUGACAGGCUUUGAAAACAUGUAUGUAUUAGUUCUUAAUUUUCUUUAUUAUUUUUGUUAUCUUUAACAGGCAAAAGAAAAUGGAGACGUUCCACAAUUUUUGUUUACUGUUAAUGAUUGCAAGUGACAUUAUUUCUGUAUGUUGGUAAUCCAGUGCUUAAGGCUAGACACUUGCAGUUUGAGUUAAUGUGUUAUAGCUAAUAUUUUUUCUUGUUUGAAAGUAUAUUUCCCAUAGUGAGGAAAUGAACUGUCCAGCAUCAGAAACGGGUACAUUGUAUUUUGUUAUCUAUGCCUUCAUUUUUUUUUAAUCAGAGUAUGGCAGGAAACCACUACCUUCACCCAAACAAAGUCUUUCAUUCACACUUCUAACGCCAAGUACUUCCAAAGGACAUGCCAACUAGCAAGACAACUUUUAAUAUGUAGCGUUUGUGCAUUACCGGUAUACAUUACAUGCAGUCAUCAAAUACAGCCAAAUUUUAAUGAUGUCCUUUUUUGUUUGUCUUGUGUUGAAUUCUCAUCUAUUUAUUGAUUCAAUAUUAUUGCAUUAAAAAGUUCUUUAUUCUG